CCUCUGUGUUUAGGGCGGAGCAGUGAAAGUGAAAGUGUUGAUCCUCCGUUCAGAGCAGCAGGAGGAGAGUGAGAGCUGUGCUGAGGCAGACUAACUCCACCCUGACAUCAAGAAGAUGGAGGAAGAGGACGGAGCAGCAUCUGCAGCAUCCAGCUGUGUGUCUGUGAGGAGUGACGGGGUUACACAAACACCUCCACCUUACAGUCAUGGACCUGCAGCAACAAAGUUCUUCAAUCAUGGAGCUCAGCUGACCAUAGGUCAGAGGUCACAGUCUCCAGCAUCCAGCUGUGUGUCUGUGAGGAGUGACCGGUCCAAAGACAUAGACCCUCCAGACUUCAGUCAUGAACCUGCAGCAACAAAGUUCUUCAAUCAUGGAGCUCAGCUGACCAUAGGUCAGAGGUCACAGUCUCCAGCAUCCAGCUGUGUGUCUGUGAGGAGUGACAGGUCCAAAGACAUAGAACCUCCAGACUUCAGUCAUGAACCUGCAGCAACAAAGUUCUUCAGUCAUGGAGCUCAGCUGACCAUAGGUCAGAGGUCACAGUCUCCAGCAUCCAGCUGUGUGUCUGUGAGGAGUGACCGGUCCAAAGACAUAGACCCUCCAGACUUCAGUCAUGAACCUGCAGCAACAAAGUUCUUCAAUCAUGGAGCUCAGCUGACCAUAGGUCAGAGGUCACAGUCUCCAGCAUCCAGCUGUGUGUCUGUGAGGAGUGACUGGUCCAAAGACAUAGAACCUCCAGACUUCAGUCAUGAACCUGCAGCAACAAAGUUCUUCAGUCAUGGAGCUCAGCUGACCAUAGGUCAGAGGUCACAGUCUCCAGCAUCCAGCUGUGUGUCUGUGAGGAGUGACCGGUCCAAAGACAUAGACCCUCCAGACUUCAGUCAUGAACCUGCAGCAACAAAGUUCUUCAAUCAUGGAGCUCAGCUGACCAUAGGUCAGAGGUCACAGUCUCCAGCAUCCAGCUGUGUGUCUGUGAGGAGUGACUGGUCCAAAGACAUAGAACCUCCAGACUUCAGUCAUGAACCUGCAGCAACAAAGUUCUUCAGUCAUGGAGCUCAGCUGACCAUAGGGAGGAAGAGGAGUGGUGUUUGUGAGGAGGAGCAGCUGUCCUGCUGUGCUUUGUGUCAGGACGUCCUGAAGGAUCCAGUCUCUACCAGCUGUGGACACUGGUUCUGCAGACAGUGCAUCUCCUCAUACUGGGACCAGUCUGCUUCAUCAGGAGACUCGUCCUGUCCCCAGUGUGGAGAAAGAUACAGAAGCAGAGCUGGACUGCAGACAGCCAGUCAGAGCAGCUGUGUACAAACAGAUGUUGGUCUGCAGGAGGUUUUAGAUGAACAUAAGAUCAGUCUGAGGAGGAGAUGUGAAAGUGUGACUGAAGGAAGUGAUGAAACAGGAAGUAGAACCCUCCUCAACAGGAUCUACACUGAGCUCUACAUCACAGAGGGACAGAGUGAAGAGGUUCAUACCCAACAUGAGGUGAGGCAGCUGGAGACAGCUUCCAAGAUGGACGCCCUCCAUGACGCUCCAAUCAGGUGCCAGGACAUCUUUAAAGCCUUACCUGACCAACAGAGACCCAUCAGAGUGGUUCUGACCAACGGCGUGGCUGGUAUUGGAAAAACCUUCUCAGUGCAGAAGUUCACUCUGGACUGGGCAGAGGGCUUGGAGAACCAACAUGUCAGUGUGGUGGUUCUGCUUUCAUUCAGGGAGCUGAACCUGAUCAGAGAUGAGCAGUACAGUCUCCUGGAGCUGCUCCAUGUUUUCCAUCCAACAUUACAGAAGGUCACAGCAGAGAAGCUGGCUGUCUCUCAGCUUUUGUUCAUCUUUGACGGCCUGGAUGAAAGCAGACUUUCAUUGGAUUUCACCAACAGGAAGCUGCUGUCUGAUGUCACACAGAAGUCAUCAGUCAGCCAGCUGCUGACAAACCUCAUCCAGGGGAAUCUGCUUCCCUCGGCUCUCGUCUGGAUAACUUCCCGACCUGCAGCAGCCAAUCAGAUCCCUCCUACAUGUGUUGACAGGCUAACAGAAAUACGAGGCUUCACUGACAGCCAGAAGGAGGAGUACUUCAGGAGGAGAUUCAGUGAUGAAGAGCUGUCCAGCAGAAUCAUCUCCCACAUGAAGACAUCCAGGAGCCUUCACAUCAUGUGUAGAAUCCCAGUCUUCUGCUGGAUCACUGCUACAGUUCUGGAGCACAUGUUGACUACAGAGCAGAGAGGAGAGCUGCCCAAGACCCUGACUGACAUGUACUCACACUUCCUGCUGGUUCAGACAAAGAGGAAGAAGAACAAGUACCAUGAGGGACAUGAGACGAGUCCACAGGAGCUGACGGAGGCUGACAGGGAAGUUCUUCUGAAGCUGGGGAGGCUGGCGUUUGAACAUCUGGAGAAAGGAAACAUCAUGUUCUACCAAGAAGACCUGGAGCAGUGUGGUCUGGAUGUCACAGAGGCCUCGGUGUACUCAGGAGUUUGUACAGAGAUCUUCAAAAGAGAGUGUGUGAUCUUCCACAAACCAGUCUACUGCUUUGUUCAUCUGAGCAUUCAGGAGUUUCUGGCUGCAGUCUACAUGUUCCACUGUCACACCAACAGGAAGACAGAGGUGCUGAAGGACUUCUUGGAAAAUAAUCCAGAUGAUCCUUACUAUUACAUUUCAUUUUCGGAUGAUUUACUGAUGAGAGUCAUGUCUAAAUCCCUCCAGAGUAAAAAUGGUCGUCUGGACCUGUUUGUUCGCUUCCUUCAUGGCCUCUGUCUGGAGUCCAACCAGAGACUCUUAGGAGGUCUGCUGGGUCAGACAGAGAAUAUUCCAGAAACCAUCCAGAGAGUCAUCAAGAGCCUGAAGGAGAUGAACAGUGAUAAAAUCUCUCCUGACAGAAGCAUCAACAUCUUCCACUGUCUGAUGGAGAUGAAUGACCUCUCAGUACAUCAGGAGAUCCAAGAGUUCCUGAAAUCUGAGAACAGAUCAGAGAAGAAACUCUCUGAGAUCCACUGCUCAGCUCUGGCCUUCAUGCUGCAGAUGUCAGAGGAGGUUCUGGAUGAGUUGGACCUGCAGAAGUACAACACAUCAGAGCAGGGACGACACAGACUGAUUCCAGCUGUGAGGAACUGCAGAAAGGCUCGACUGACUCAGUGUGGAUUCUCAGAGACUCACUAUGAAGUUGUGGCCUCAGCUCUGAAGUCCAACCCCUCCCAUCUGACGGAGCUGGACAUGAGUGAGAACAGCCUGCAGAAUCCAGCAGUGAAGCUUCUGUGUGCUGGACUGGAGAGUCCAUACUGUCGACUGGAGACUCUGAGAUUGAGUCGCUGUGGUUUGUCAGAGAUCAGCUGUGAUUAUCUGGCAGCAGCGCUGAAGUCCAACCCCUCCCAUCUGAGAGUGCUGGACCUGAGUAACAACAACAAGCUGCCGGAUUCAGGAGUGAAGCAUCUGUGUGGUUUCCUGGAGAGUCCAGGAUGUGGACUUGAAACUCUGAGAUUGAGUCGCUGUGGUUUGUCAGAGAUCAGCUGUGAUUAUCUGGCAGCAGCGCUGAAGUCCAACCCCUCCCAUCUGAGAGUGCUGGACCUGAGUAACAACAACAAGCUGCCGGAUUCAGGAGUGAAGCAUCUGUGUGGUUUCCUGGAGAGUCCAGGAUGUGGACUUGAAACUCUGAGAUUGAGUCGCUGUGGUUUGUCAGAGAUCAGCUGUGAUUAUCUGGCAGCAGCGCUGAAGUCCAACCCCUCCCAUCUGAGAGUGCUGGACCUGAGUAACAACAACAAGCUGCCGGAUUCAGGAGUGAAGCAUCUGUGUGGUUUCCUGGAGAGUCCAGGAUGUGGACUUGAAACUCUGAGAUUGAAGGACUGUGAUUUGUCAGAGAUCAGCUGUGAUUAUCUGGCAGCAGCACUGAAGUCCAACCCUACAUAUCCCAGUGUACUGGACCUGAGCGUAAACUUCAGCAACUUGUGGGAUUCAGGAGUGAAGCAACUGUGUGUUCUACUGGAGAAUCCACGAUGUCGGUUUCAAACUCUGAGAUUGAUGGACUGUGGUUUGUCAGAGAUCAGCUGUGAUUAUCUGGCAGCAGCACUGAAGUCCAACCCCUCCCAUCUGAGAGAGCUGGACCUGAGUAAUAAGUACUCCUGGUUGUCGACUAAGAACAAGCUGCAGGAUUCAGGAGUGAAGCAUCUGUGUGGUUUCCUGGAGAGUCCAGGAUGUAAACUUGAAACUCUGAGAUUGAAGGACUGUGGUUUGUCAGAGAUCAGCUGUGAUUAUCUGGCAGCAGCACUGAAGUCCAACCCUACAUAUCCCAGUGUACUGGACCUGAGCGUAAACUUCAGCAACCUGCAGGAUUCAGGAGUGAAGCAACUGUGUGUUCUACUGGAGAAUCCACGAUGUCGGUUUCAAACUCUGAGAUUGAAGGACUGUCAUUUGUCAGAGAUCAGCUGUGAUUAUCUGGCAGCAGCACUGAAGUCCAACCCUACAUAUCCCAGUGUACUGGACCUGAGCAUAAACUUCAGCAACUUGUGGGGUUCAGGAGGGAAGCAACUGUGUGUUCUACUGAAGAAUCCACGAUGUCGGUUUCAAACUCUGAGAUUGAAGGACUGUCGUUUGUCAAAGAUCAGCUGUGAUUAUCUGGCAGCAGCACUGAAGUCCAACCCCUCCCAUCUGAGAGAGCUGGAGCUGAGCUGGAACAACCUGAAGGAUCCAGAUGUGAAGCAGCUGUCUGAUCUUCAGCAGAGUCCAGACUACAGACUGGAGACUCUGAGGUGGAAGGGUAAUCUUUGGUAAACAGGACGGUGUGUGUGCUGAGAGAGGAGCAGCUGUGUCCUGAUGAUCCAGAGAGGUUGAAGCAGCAGCAGCUUGUGUGUAGAGAUGCUCUGACUGGGCCAUGUUACUGGGAGGUGGAGAGGAGAGCUUCA